GCUGGUGCGGUAAAGUUGAGUGUGGCAAGUCAUCAUACGAGCGGCGCUGGGGCGGGAGAGGCGCUAAGCAGGUCACGCAUCCUUUCUUUCGGAUAAGAAAACCAAUUUCUUCCAACCGUCCGGGGACAGGAGCACUGCGGAACAUGGCUGCUCUUUCAGCCUGGUUUUGGAACGAGAGGUUUUGGCUGCCACACAACGUAACCUGGGCGGAUCUGGCAGACCCAGCGCCCGGGGUGGAGUAUCCCAAGGCUGGACACUUGUUUACUGCCUUGCCGCUUGCUUUGGGAAUCUUCGCCGUCAGGAUACUCUUCGAGAGAUUUAUUGCCAGCACCUGUGCCCGGAGUCUCCAUAUUCAACCAGGUGUUGGAAGAAGAGCUCACCCCAAUGCAGUGCUGGAGAAAGUGUUUACAUCCAUCACAAAGAAUCCAGACUCCCGCCAUCUGGAUGGCCUGUCCAAGCAGCUGGACUGGGAGGUGCGAAAGGUCCAGCGAUGGUUCAGACACCGCAGGAACCAAGAUAAACCCAGCACACACACUAAGUUCUGUGAGAGCAUGUGGAGGCUUACAUUUUAUUUGUGCAUAUUUAGCUAUGGGCUCCAGUUUCUGUGGCAGUCCCCUUGGAUGUGGGAUACACGGCAUUGCUGGUACAAUUACCCCUAUCAGGUCAUGACUCCGGGCCUUUACCACUACUAUGUGACAGAACUAGCCUUCUACUGGUCACUCAUGUUCUCCCAGUUCACCGACAUAAAAAGGAAGGACUUCCUUAUCAUGUUCAUCCACCACCUGGCUACAGUCGGCCUGAUCAGCUUUUCCUAUGUUAACAACAUGGCGCGAGUAGGGAGCCUGGUGAUGUGUGUCCACGACGCCUCUGACUUCCUGCUAGAGGCAGCCAAGCUGGCCAACUAUGCCAAAUACCAGCGCCUGUGUGACUUCCUCUUCAUUGUUUUUAGUGUGGCAUUCUUUAUCACACGACUUGUUAUAUAUCCAAUAUGGGUCCUGAACUCCACAAUGUUUGAGAGCUGGGCCAUAGUCGGGCCGUUCCCGUCCUGGUGGCUCUUCAACUUCUUGCUGCUGGUCCUUCAAGUGCUGCAUAUCAUCUGGUCCUACCUCAUAGCCCGUAUAGCUGUCAAAGCCAUGCUGCGCGGCAAGGGUCAUUAAGCGGAUUGAUUAGAAUGAUGUGGAUCACGUGCCGCGGCCGUCGCAGUCACCAGAUCACAACCCCACUGAACGCCUGUGGUUGAUUUUUGGGUUGACCACAGAUUGUCUGGCAGCACUCUGCACCACCAUCAUUUUGGAAGAGCGGUGUUUCAUCCCUCCAGUAGAGUCUCAACACCUACCUAAGACACUUCAUGUGGGGUUUUUCCUUUCAUUUGUCACCCAUCUUUAUGUCCAACUGUUUCUCAUUAGUCAGGAGUGUGUUGAAAUUGUCCCCACACCACCACCCUGUGGCCAUGAUGAACACAGGUGAUCUGCAUGAAUACGACAGUUGUGAGGCUUCUUUAAAAGAAGAGAACGAAACAAACAAAGAAAUCCUUAACUAAUUCCACAUAGAGCAACGGUAACACACUAAAUUAAAAGUCUGAGGGUGAAGCUGCAUCAAGCAACAUUUUUGCCUGUGACCCCUCGUCAGGUUGAAUUUCUAGGCACUGCCAGUAGUUCAGUCAAAGAGAUAUUUCCCCUGCUUCAGCUGUUUUGUUAGAAUCAUUUUUAGAGGCUUAAAAAAGAUCAAACUUAAGAGAACAGUCAGAAAAAUAAACAUAAUUUUGUGUAUCAGAUUUUUUUUGUUUUUUAACUAAUUACCAGGGCAAUAAUCUCAUGAUGCCAUGUAACCAGGAUGGUAACUGCCCUGAACAGUAAAAUGAGGCUAUGAAGAAAAGAGCACACCGACCCCCACUAGUGGAGUUUCACCCAGUUUUUCCUAAUAAAAUUCUGGUGUCAGUUAUCUACACGUUUCUGCCCACAAGAAAAAAAAAUCUGUCCUUAACAGCGGAGAGAAAGAUGGACUCUGGACACUAUUGAAUUGCAAUAAAUAUUUUCCUUCACUGUCACUUUGGUAUUAAGUGAUCACAGACCAGCAGGGUCUUGUCCUGAGCUUGUUCUGUACACUCUGCUGAUGUUUCUCAGGAUUAAAUGUACAUGUACCUCUGGUCGCUAUUUUGGAAACCAGCAUGUGAAACUGCCACUCGUAGUUUUAAAAACAUUGAAAUGUCUCCAGGCACAAUAUAUCGCCACCCCGCAAAGGUGAACCGCACAGAAAGUAGACAAAGUGUAUUUAAAAUUUUCAUGGAAAAGAACUGAAGCUCAUAAGUAACUUCAUAACUAUUAUAUACACUGCUUUCAAGAUAGAUGGCUUAUUAGAUUGAAUUCCAAUUGUCAGUAUUUGUGGGCUGGAAAAAACGUCUGAAAAUCUGCACUUUGACACAUUUAAAAAACAAAAAAAAAAUAAUUAAAAAAUAAGAUGUAACAGAGCUCCAAAAUGGACAAAUAAUGCCCAGACUGUAGGUGCGCCUGUACAACACACAAAAACAAAUACAAAAAGUUUCUAAGGAUAGAUUCCCAUUUGUUCUGAGUCUGUUUUAAAACAAUGCUCACAUCCUCAUAUGUACAUUGAAGAGUUUUUAUGAUUAAUAGUCCCCCUCAUCAUAAUGGCACUAAAGACAUCCUUCUUAAUGUGAUCCUAAUGUAAGAAAUUGGGAUGAAAGUACACAGAAAAACUCGCCUAAUGUACAUAUGGGUAUGUCAGUAUUAUAUUAAGAUGACCUUGACAAAAUAUGAACUUUAAUCCUUUAAUAUGUCAUCGAGGAGCAAUGUCAAACAAUCACAGCAUUAUAUGCCAAAAAGAUAAACUGCCACUCAUAUUGUUCUUUCAGUGAUUAAGUUACUUCAGAGUUAUACAUUUUAUUUUGGACUGAAGUUUUUUUUAACCUAUGUAGUUUGUGCUUAUUCUCUUCAACGGAAAUUAAAAAAAACAACAUAAUUGCAUCUAUUUUCCCUGUCUACUAGGUGUGCAACGACGUCCGCAGUGACAUAGAGAGCAGCUCAGAAGAAGAGGCCGGCAAGCCCACAGAAGGCCUCAAGACUUCUGCUCAUUCUCCCA